CCGCCAAAAACCGCGCAGCUGAAUCAAACAGUUUGAAAUGCACAAGCUUUUCAGAACAUAUCCCAUCUUCCUCACAAACCCCACAUUUCUAAUACCCAUUUCACAAUUUCACAUCUCCAGCCGAACCCUAGCUCCCAAUCCCAAGCUCCAAUUCGUAGUCAAUCAAGUUCAAGAGCUCCGAUCAACAAACCCUACUAAUGAAUUCGUCUCGGCCUCAUCAGACUCCGACGAACCGUCCGGCCUAUAUUGUGCGGUCCAGAUUUCGCACCCAUGGCGGGAGUGGGUGGACCUGAUGGAGCUUUUGCUGAAGAGAGGCUAUUUCGAAGGGGACGAAAACCCGUUUCGAAACGGCCAAAUGGGUCCCAAGGAAUCGAACCGGGUCCGAACCGCUUGCCUUAACUUUGCCAGGGACCGGUCGAGUCUGCUGAGGUUACUGUCGAGGAAAGAUGUCCAGAUUAUUGCAGGGUAUGGAUGCCCAAGCACAGAUAGGAAAGUUGUCAACUCAGGAAAGCGGCUAAGGGCGCAUGUCGGCAUUGAUGAAGGAGAUGUGUGCAGCUCCUGCAAUUUGAGAGGCGACUGUGAGAGAGCAUAUGUGAAGGCCCGUGAAGAUGAGGGCGGGCGUACUGUGGAUGUUAUGCGGUUCUUGUUAACACACGGGAUUGAUCCCCUUACUGAUACAGUUGGGAACAAGCCAUCUCUAAAUAAAAAGGUCAAAGAAUCAGUGAGAAGGCUGUUGAAAGAGAUGGUGGAGUGUAGCACUGAAGAGCUUGAAAAUCAAACCGACCUCCCAAAGAGCAUGACUCUAAAAAGUGUUGAAAAGUCACCAAAAGAUGCACAAGGUGACUGGAUCUGCCCCAAAUGCAACUUCCUAAAUUUUGCCAGAAAUGUUAAGUGCUUACGUUGUGAUGGUCUAUUCCAAGAGAGACUGGCAAAACUGAGGGAGGAUCAGGAUCAGGAUCAGGAUCAUCUCCCAUUGAAGAAAGGGGACUGGAUAUGUGAAAAAUGCAAUUUCCUAAAUUUUGCCAAGAAUAGUAGAUGCUUGCAGUGCAAAGAGAAGCCACCCAAGCGAGAGCUAAAUCCUGGAGAGUGGGAAUGUGAAUCCUGCAAUUACAUCAAUUUUAGGAAAAACAUGCUAUGCUUAAAAUGCGAUCAUAAAAGGCCCAAGACAUGUGUUGAACCUAUGCAUGAAGAUGGAGGCUACCGUAAGAGUAAUAGAGUGAGUUUCGGUGACACAGAUGUUAAUGAUCGAUACUACUCAGGCCAAGGUAGAAAUGGUCACAACCGAGAUGCAGGCAGGUGGAGAUUUGUGGUUGAAGAGAAUGAUGAUUUUAGUCACCCAAACUCAUCAGAUAAGACUUCUAGAUUUGUAGACUUUCCGAUUGCAGGAGGUAAGACCGAACUGUCUCAGAAUCCACAAAAGAGGGACAAAUGGAAGUUGAAGAUGUUAGAGAAGAACAAAGGAGGCGCAACGGAUAUGGCAAGUGACGAUGAACUUAGGUCUUCCAGAACUGAAAGAAGAGUGUUGCUUUCUGAUUCUACAGAUGAUGAAGAGAUGGCCGAGUGGUUUGGCGCUGGCUUCUCCGGCGAGACCAGCUCCGGCAACGGACCAAACACCCCCUCCCUGUUGCUCGGGUUCAAAAACACGGCAAUCGAGACUCGCGGCUCGUCGCUCGGAUUCGCCAACACCCGGCUGCGGGCAGGGCGGGUAGUAGUGUCCCGCCAUGAUCCUCCCUUCCAGACACGUCAUCUCCUUGAGCUUCCCGGCGGGCAAUCCCAGCCCUUCACUGACCAUCCCGAGCAUCUCCUCUCCCAGCCGUUGGAUCUCCUUGUUCCACGCCGCGAUUUCCUCCCUACAAAUCUCCGGAACCUCGUCACCCUCCGCCGCGACCGGGCCCAGCCUCACCUGAAUCGUGUCGCGCCAGCUGGCGGCCUUGGAGGUGUAGAGGUCGACGUUGGAGAGGUACGACACGCCGUGGCCCAUCUCUCUCCGGUAGAACCGCGCUUUGGCCUCCACCGGCUGCUCGUGGAAGGCUUUCACGGCGGCGAUGGUGCGGUCCAGAACCACCGACGGUACGCCGUGGUUGGUGAUCUGGAAGAACCCGAACUUCCGGCACGCGCCGCUGACUUGGUCGACGACUGCGGCGCGGGGGCCGGAGAGGUCGAUGGUGGGGAUGGGCUCGGCGUCGGGUCGGGUCGUCGGAAGAAUCGCAUGGUGGUACCACAAUGGUUGAAAAUUAUGUACAACACAGUAUUCUUCAAGGCUUGCAUUGCACACUCAGACGCGAAAAGGAACAAUUUAGAUCAUUUCUGUAUUGAUUGUUGUAAACCUAUAUGUCUGAAUUGUCUUGCCCAGCACAUGUUUCACAAUCUUGUUAAGAUUCGGAGAUAUAUUUACAGUGAUGUGAUUAAUCGUCGAGACUUGUGCAAGCUCUUCAACUGCUCUGGCAUACAGUCGGGUCGGGUCUCGAUCCACAUGGGCUCCGAACCAUCGACAGUUGUAGUUCCGAGGAAUUUCAGAUUACUGGAAGAGCUUGAGAGAGGUGAAAAGGGAAUUGGGGAUGGAACUGUUAGCUAUGGAAUGGAUGACGCUGACGAUAUAUUUAUGCAGUCAUGGACAGGGACAAUCAUUGGUCCCCCAAAUACUGUGCAUGAAGGGCGAAUUUACCAGUUGAAAUUGUUUUGCGGUAAAGAUUAUCCAGAUAAUCCACCAGCUGUGAGGUUCCAAACACGGAUAAACAUGACCUGUGUCAAUCCUGAAACUGGAGUGGUUGAACCCAAUCUCUUCCCCAUGCUUGCAAAUUGGCAAAGGGAACAUACAAUGGAGGACGUUUUGACACAAUUGAAGAAAGAUAUGUUGUCACCACAAAACCGAAAGCUAGCUCAGCCACCUGAAGGCCAUGAAGAGGGAAGGGUGGAUCAGAAAGGGCUUGUGCUGAAAUGUGUCAUUGUCUGAGAGCUAGGUGAUGAGUCCAUAAGUUUCUCAGGAUAUUAUGCCUAGACCGCCACUUUGUAUGACUGUGACUGCAUAUCUUUCGUCGUUGUUACAUUUGCAGAGCUAGGUGAUGAGUCCGUAAGUUUCUCAGGAUAUUAUGCCUAGACCGAAUUCCACUUUGGCUGGCUGCAUUCCAAAAUCCUAGUUGCUUUUGUGGUAAACGAUGUGUAAUUAUAUGAAUCAUCGAACUUUGAAAUAUCGAUUCUUCAAUUUCUUCCUUUAUAUCUGAUGCUCUUUGGUUUGAAUUUCCAUUUCUUCAACUUUCUCGUUUUGUAAGUUGAUGAUAAUAAUUCAGUAUAAUGUUUAUAGUAGGUACCAGUUCCGGCAUUAUUGAGCUAAUAAUUGGUACAUUAUGGAUCA